AUGAAGGGAUUCACUUUGAUCUCAGUGUUUGGUGCUGCUGCACUUGCUCAUCCAACCGGCCUGUGGUGGGGCACGGAUGUCUGCUACACCAGUCCAGACAAGGUUGAUAAUCAGUGCUCCCCUGCCCAGCAGGUUGGAUUCGACUGGUCUCAGCUUGGAAAUGGUGAUAACUGGAGCUUCGACGGUUUCAACUUUGUCGGAUUCAGUGCCAAAGAUGGCUGCGCCAGCUCUGAUGGCUCUUGCAUCGGUGGCCAACUUAGCCGUGAGGAUGGCUACACACUCGAAGUGAACACCGCAGACACUCCGUUCUCUAUUCGCAAGUUCCACCUUUCAACUUCUCGUGAUACGGAUGUCCUCAUCACAUACGAGAUGCCCAAGGGACGUCCCUGUCGUCAGGUUGCUUUCAGCUCUCGCCAGGGAACUGAUGUGCACAACGAUCAGUGCGGCGGCGCAACUGCGGUCAAGUUCCAGCUCCCCGAGGAAAGCAAGUUUGGUGAAUGCACACUGGACAUUCACUCAAUCAACUUCGACUGCUCAGCUGGAGAGGAACACACUGAACACCCCACUAGCAGCAUUACUCCGUCUGAGCCUGAGCCUACCCCCAUUCCCGAGCAUGAACACGAGCACACGUCGGUUGUGGAAGUUUCCUCGCCCUCUCCAUCGGUGCAUGUGCACCACCCCACGUCAAUCUGGGAGGCUUCUUCGCCCUCUCUGUCGGUUCAGGAAUAUGAACACACUUCGACCUGGGAGGCUCCCUCGCCCUCUCCGUCGGUGCAUGAGCAUCAACACACAUCGGUCUGGGAGGUUUCCUCUCCGUCUCCCCCAGAGCAUGAGCAUCAUCAGCCAACUACUACCAUUGAUCCAGUCGUGUCUGUCCCUAGCCAAACUCACUCGGUGGUAACCGUGUGGACAACUACAGAGGUCACAGUCACCAAAUGCGGACCCACAGUUACUGACUGCCCUGCUCAUUCUACUGUUGUUGUUACCUCUACUCGCUCUGUAUCAACCACAACCUGUCCUUCUGGAUCCACAGAGCCCAAUGCUGGUCAUUCACUCCCCACGAUCCUUCCCUCGAGCUCAACCUCAACCAGCUGGAUCACUGCUGCAACUACUGUCUCCACUACCCCCAACAUUCCCACACCUGCUCCAUGCCCAGAGCUGGUUCCCAAGUGCAUGAACACAUGGCUGUCAAUUCCCAAAUGCGACUCCAACAGUGAUGCCGCUUGCUUCUGUCCUUCUUCGGAGUUCACGGACAAGGUCAAGUCCUGCAUUCAUGCCUGGGGUAACUCCAAGCAGGAGAUUGAUUCCGGACUUUCUUACUUCGCUGGAAUUUGCGCUCCAUACGUGCCCAAGAACCCUACUAUCAUUGACAUCGUGCCGUCCCAAAGCCCUCCUGACUCCCAUGUCACGGCCACUGCAUCUGAGCCUGUCGAGACUCCCUGUACCACCCUCACUUGGUCCUCUCACACCGUGACUGUUCCGCAGGUUGGAUUCAACACAGUCACUGGUAGCUCCACGACUUCUGUGGGUCUGGUCGUUGGUACUCCUGCAAGUGCCCAGGUCACUUCGCCUUCUCACACUGGUCACUCCAAGAAGCCUUCGGCGACAAGUACCCCGUGCUCUACUCACACUUCUACUCUGAUUACCACCGUUUUGCCGAGGCCCCCUACUUCUACAAAGCCUGGUUCUGAGCCCACGGAAACUGUUGUUCACGCUAACGCUGGAGCGAAGCCCUACGUCGGUUAUCUUUGGGCCUUCGGGUCUGCUGCUCUAUUGUUUGCUCUGAUUUAG